UCCGCAGAAUGUGAGCGCGCUCGCAGAGGCAUCUUGCAUCAGCCCGGGGAAGUUCGCUCCUCGCCUGGCUCCCCCAGCCUGGGCGAGGAGCGAGGAGCCCGACCGCCCACCGCCGCCUCCCCGCUCCGGACCGCCGACAUGCCAGCCCUCCCCACGCCGCUGCUGCUGCUGCUGGUGCCACUGCUGUGCGUCCCGCGGGCUGCCCGAGCCCAGGUCAACCCGGCGGUGUGCCGGUACCCCCUGGGCAUGUCGGGCGGGCACAUCCCCGACGAGGACAUCUCCGCCUCCAGCCAGUGGUCCGAGUCCACGGCCGCCAAGUACGGACGGCUGGACUCAGAGGACGGCGACGGUGCCUGGUGCCCCGAGAUCCCGGUGGAGCCCGACGACCUGAAGGAGUUCCUGCAGAUCGACCUGCGCGCCCUGCACUUCAUCACGCUGGUGGGCACCCAGGGCCGCCACGCCGGGGGCCACGGCAACGAGUUUGCCCCCAUGUACAAGAUUAACUACAGCCGGGACGGCACCCGCUGGAUCUCCUGGAGGAACCGGCACGGGAAGCAGGUCCUGGAUGGAAACACCAACCCUUACGACAUCGUCCUCAAGGACCUGGAGCCGCCGCUCAUCGCGCGCUUCGUCCGCUUCAUCCCCGUCACCGACCACUCCAUGAACGUCUGCCUGCGCGUGGAGCUCUACGGCUGCGUCUGGCUCGACGGGCUGGUGUCCUACAACGCGCCGGCUGGGCAGCAGCUCGUCCUCCCCGGCGGCACCGUCAUCUACCUGAACGACUCCGUGUACGACGGGGCCUUCGGGUACAGCAUGACGGAGGGGCUCGGCCAGCUGACGGACGGGGUGUCGGGGCUGGACGACUUCACGCAGACCCAUGAGUACCACGUCUGGCCGGGCUACGACUACGUGGGCUGGCGCAACGAGAGCACCGCCGGCGGCUACGUGGAGAUCACCUUCGAGUUUGACCGCAUCCGGAACUUCACCACCAUGAAGGUGCACUGCAACAACAUGUUCGCCAAAGGGGUGAAGAUCUUCAAGGAGGUGCAGUGCUAUUUCCGCUCCGACGCCGGCGAGUGGGAGCCCAACGCCGUCUCCUCGGUGCUGGUGCUGGACGACGUGAACCCCAGCGCCCGCUUCGUCACCGUGCCCCUGCAGCACCGCAUGGCCAGCGCCAUCAAGUGCCAGUACUACUUCGCCGACACCUGGAUGAUGUUCAGCGAGAUCACCUUCCAGGAGCAGGGGCUGUCCCCUCGCCCCAGCACGACCUGCUCUUGCUGUCCCCUCCUGCCAGACCCCACGCUCAAGGUGGACGACAGCAACACGCGCAUCCUGAUCGGGUGCCUGGUGGCGAUCAUCUUCAUCCUGGUAGCCAUCAUCGUCAUCAUCCUGUGGCGGCAGUUCUGGCAGAAGAUGCUGGAGAAGGCAUCACGGAGGAUGCUGGACGACGAGAUGACCGUCAGCCUCUCACUGCCCAGCGAAUCCAGCAUGUUCAACCACAACCACUCCUCCUCGUCCAGCGAGCAGGAGUCCAACUCCACCUACGACCGCAUAUACCCGCUGGGACCGGACUACCAGGAGCCCUCGCGCCUGAUCCGCAAGCUGCCCGAGUUCACGGCCGGGGAGGAGGACACGGGCUGCAGCGGCCUCGUGAAGCCGUCCCCGGCCGGUGUCCCCGAGGGCGUCCCCCACUACGCCGAGGCCGACAUCGUGAACCUGCAGGGCGUCACGGGAGGCAACACCUACUCGGUGCCAGCCCUCACCAUGGACCUGCUCUCCGGCAAGGACGUGGCUGUGGAGGAGUUCCCCAGGAAGCUGCUGACCUUCAAGGAGAAGCUGGGGGAGGGCCAGUUCGGGGAGGUCCAUCUCUGUGAAGUGGAGGGCAUGGAGAAGUUUGCGGACAAGGACUUCGCUCUGCAGGGCCUGGAGGCCAGCUCCGACCGCCCCGUGCUGGUGGCCGUGAAAAUGCUGCGGGCGGACGCCAACAAGAACGCCAGGAAUGACUUCCUGAAGGAAAUCAAGAUCAUGUCGCGGCUCAAGGACCCCAACAUCAUCCGGCUGCUGGCGGUGUGCAUCGCGGACGACCCGCUGUGCAUGAUCACGGAGUACAUGGAGAACGGGGACCUCAACCAGUUCCUGUCCCGCCACGAGGCGCAGAGCCCCCCGGACGCCCACGCGCCCACGGUCAGCUACCGCGACCUGCGCUUCAUGGCCACCCAGAUCGCGUCGGGCAUGAAGUACCUCUCCUCCCUCAACUUCGUGCACCGGGACCUGGCCACGCGCAACUGCCUGGUGGGGAAGCGGUACACCAUCAAGAUCGCCGACUUCGGCAUGAGCAGGAACCUCUACAGCGGGGACUACUACCGCAUCCAGGGCCGCGCCGUGCUCCCCAUCCGCUGGAUGUCCUGGGAGAGCAUCCUGCUGGGCAAGUUCACCACGGCCAGCGACGUGUGGGCGUUCGGCGUGACGCUGUGGGAGACCUUCACGCUGUGCCGGGAGCAGCCCUACUCGCAGCUGUCCGACGAGCAGGUCAUCGAGAACACCGGGGAGUUCUUCCGGGACCAGGGCCGACAGACCUACCUUCCCCAGCCCGCGCUGUGCCCGGACUCUGUCUAUAAGCUAAUGCUGAGCUGCUGGCGACGGGACACUAAAGACCGUCCGUCCUUCCAGGACAUCCACCGCCUGCUCCACGAGCCAGCCGGCGACGAGUGACCCCGUGCUGCCCAGCCCCACGGGACCCCCCCUGGUUUAGGUUCUCAUUGCACAGCCUAGGAGGAAAAACCCCAGACAGGAUGGGGAGCCGAGGCGUGGGACAGCACGGACCCGGAGCUCCUCUGCUGCCCCUGGGGGUGGAGGUUAUUUAUUGAGGCGUCGCGCUCCCGGCGGCGGGACGGGAACGGCGUGCCCCGAGGGAGCAGGGGGCACCGCCGGGAGCCGUGCGGUUGAACUGGAGCAGCGGGGGGAUUUGGGGACGCUGCGUGGAGGGCUUGUGCCCGCGUGGCAUCCAGCCUCUGCUGCCGGCCCGAGCCUGCGACGGACUGAUGGACAGACGGACUGAUGGACGAUGGACAGACGGACAGAAGGACAGAUAGUAGGGCCCUGACCAUGGCUGAUGGGGUCACCGAAGCCCCCUGCCCCAUUGGGACAGCCGUUGGGCCCCCAUGGCCAUGCACGGCGUGCGGACCUUUGCGCUUCCCUAGCCCUGUCCGCGUUACUGCGGCCCCGCGGGGCACCAUUCGCUAUGUUCCGUACGCACCCCUCCGGGGGGGGGCGCCCCGCUAAGAGCCCCUCGCUCCAUCA